AAACACCAGAACCGAUUUCCCCAUUUCCGCUUUACAAGUGAAAGUACGAGGGAGUUAAGUGAAACAUCCCUUUCUUUAUCAAACACCAGAACCGAUUUCCCCAUUUCCGCUUUCAUCAGGGUUCCGAUCACAAAUCAACCAUGAUCAGCAUCCUUGCUCAGGAGCGUCUCCUUGGCGCUGCCCUAGGAAGCAUAUUCUCCGGCAUUAUUAUUUUCGAGCAACGGAGAGACAUCUACAGAACCAUAUCACACAUUCAACCCCCUAAAUCUCACGUGAAAGAGCCUGUUUCCAGUAAGAAAAUUGAUAUUGCACACUAUUGGAACAAAUCAGUGGAUCAGAUGUUUGGACCUGCUAUUCAGGCUCUUAGUUCGCGCCCCCGCUAGUCCGGUUUAUGGAGAUGUUUUACUGCAUAUUGAUCGAUCAAGUACUUGCAUUGACAUUCUAAUGUAUGUCUUUUUAUGAUUUGUACUUGCAAUGUGAGUAACUUAUCCGCCUAUUAACCGUCCUCCUCGUUACAAGAUCAGACGUUUAUAAAUCAAUCUUCAACCGUAAUUACAUAAUACAUA